CUCUCUCGUGAUACCUUACUCAACUACUUUCCGGUUGCUCUGCAUCACCCCGUCGUCGUGUAAUCAAACCUCUACAUUCCAACGACUCCGAGUAUAAAACACUCCCCACGCUCCCCGCCUUACCUAUCUACCUACAUCACCAAACCAUACAAAACCUAAUUGAUACAAAAUAUCAAAACCCUCCUCCAACAUCCACAAAUAAAUCAAAGAUCAAAACCCCCCCCUCCAAAAAAAAAAAAACCACCAAACAUAGAACAACCUCCAAGAUGGCAUCCGAACAAACUGCCCAGCCCGAUACCUCAAACUACACAACCUUCACCUCCACCUCCAACAACAAUAACAACAAACAGUCCUCCUCUCCCUCCGUCACUACCCCGCGCGCAAUCGUCGAGUCCACGACAAACAGCUGGAUACCCUCCUUCGAGCGCCGCCAGAGCUGGAACCAUGAAGACCAGAAGCACGUGCUGCAAAUGAGCCAUAUCGACGACGUGAAAACUGGUCCUGGGUUUACUGAGAGUUCGUAAAUGGGCAACAACCAAAAAUAAUGAAGAUUUGUGCAAACACAGACGAAAUUGAGGAUUAGGAUUACGCUGUGGUUAAUGGGGAUGAUGGGCGGCGGGAGCGUCAAAGGGGCGGGGGGAAAGGCCUUAUUGGAAACGAGAUUCCUUUGAAGCGAUCCCUACGACAACUGAAUAACGAGAUUGGUAACAGAGAAGGGGACGGAUGAAGUCGCCGUCGGAUGGUCAGGAAGGCAUGGCGUUCAAAAUAUUGUAUUACUAGGUUGUACCUCAUCGAAUAUGCAUUAUCUCCUCAU